AUGAAUGAUAUAAAUUUAUAAUUAAUUUGUAAAAUAAUUAUUUAAUUUCAAUGUCUUAAAAUAUUACAGCAUAAGUACGAAAUCUCAAGUUAAAGAUAAUGUAAAAAUUAUUAGAAUACAAUCAAAUAAAAUAAAAAUCAAAAAUCUCAGAAAAAUCUAAUCAACAACCCAAAUAAGAUUGAACCAGAAACUUUGAUUCUUUAUAACAAUUAAUUGAAAUCCUACAUCAACUCUUUAUCUGAUGAAGUCGAAAUUUGGAAAUUAAAAUAUCAUUAACUCUGA